AUGACGUUUCAGCAGGAAUUGAUUCAUGUUUUCUUAGUCAAGAUUAAUCAUAAAUGUUUCUAUCUAGAGAAUGUCAGAGAUAUCAUGCCAAAUUCCGGAACAACCGUAGCGUUGGUCCCUAACAAAAAUUUGCUAUACAAUAUCAAAGAUGAUUCCAACAUUAAAUUGCUUGCAGCAGGACAAAAUGAAAUUACAGUUGAAGGAGAAGGAAUCCUAAAACUUAAAUUGAAUGAAAACAUUUCAAUAGAAAUGAAAGCGAUGGUGGUACCAUCAAUCAAGAUGAUUAUCAUACCACUAAAAUCUGUAUACAAAAAUCACCGACAUGUUAGCGAUAAUGUUGAUAGUAUAAUAUCAAAAAACGGUGAAAUUAUAACAUCCAUCUUUGAGAAAGAGGAGUUAUGGUGGAUUUUAGGUAAUCACAUUCAAUUACCAACUAAAGAACACAAAGUCUAUCAAACAACGAAAUCCAAGAAAUAUAAGGUAACUUUGAGAGAUUUACACCGGCGUCUAGGACAUACAAAUGUCAGAUGUGUUAGAGAAACAGUUAAAAGAGGCGGAAUUGAAGAUUUUUCAAUGUCCGAUGUUAACUGGGAAGGGAUUGACGACUUCCAAUGCGAAUCAUGCAUGAAAGGCAAAGCCUCAAGGCAUGCACGCAUGAGAUAA